AUGGCCUCCUCUUCUUCGAACGUGGCUUCUGCACCAGCUUCUGAGCCGGUCCGAGCUCAGCUCCAGGGCGCCGAGGCAGAUGCCUUGAUCACGAGCACUGAUCCGGAACAUCCCGCCAACCUCAUCUGCGAGCUCUGCCGCGACUUUUACACCCUGGGCUGGGUGACUGGCACUGGUGGAGGUAUCUCCAUCCGGCAUGGCAAGCAUGUCUAUCUUGCCCCGUCAGGCGUCCAGAAAGAACGGAUCAAGCCAGAGCACAUCUUCGUUCUGCCCUUCGCGCAGUCGUCUGUCCCAAAGCCAGGGUCUCAGCGGGAUUUCUUGCGCAUACCGACCAGAGUUGGCCUGAAAGAAUCGGCCUGCACUCCCCUCUUCUGGAACGCCUUCACCCUCCGUUCCGCUGGCGCCUGUAUCCACACCCACUCGCAACACGCCGUCCUCCUCACUUUGCUCCUGGGCAAGUCGGCCAAGUCCUUCCGAAUCAGCCACCAGGAGAUGAUCAAGGGAGUCCGGCUCGGCGGGAGCGGCAAGACCCUGCGUUUCUUCGACACGCUCGAAGUACCCAUCAUCGAGAACACGGCAGAUGAGGAGGAUCUGACGGAGGGGAUGGCGAAGGCGAUGGAAGAGUACCCGAACGCGGCUGCCAUUCUCGUCAGGAGACACGGAGUGUAUAUCUGGGGCAACACAUGGGAACAGGCAAAGAUACAGGCCGAGUGCCUCGACUACCUGUUCGAGAUGGGUUGUAAGAUGAUCCAGGCGGGUCUGCCACUGGUUGGGGAUGACUAA